AUGAAGUUCAUCACCGCCAUCGUCUUUGUUGCCCUCAGCACUUUCGCCGCCGCCGAGUGUGGUGCCAAUCUUCAGACUACCGCGCCUGCUGCGACAAUGGUGUCUGCAACGAUGAGUACGCCUUCUGUGCUGGCUACAACGACUACUACUCCGGCACCUGUGUCCCUCACUAAAUUACAACGCCGCGACGAGUCGACUAGCCCCGGUGGCACGUCUCUCCUCAGUUGA